CGCGCCCGCAUCACUGCGCUCACUGCGUCUUUAUUUCGACCAAUCAGAUCGCAUUGAGUUUGAACGACGCUUGCCCUGCGCCUAAGCAACGCUCACCGCGCCUCAACUGCACGCCAGUCACGCUCCUAGUGCGACUUAAUCACGCUCUAGUCAGGCGCCGACAACGCGCUGGCAACGACCAUAUAAAUACCGCGCUGCGUUCUAAACAUCAUCAUUCGUUCUGCCGUGCUGUUCACAUCAAGAUUAUUUUCUACUGAUGCUACAACUAUGCCGCCAAAAGACAAGGGGAGAGGCCGUGGAAGGAGUGAAGGCCGAGCAAAGAAUCCAAAGAGGUCCAGGAGUCCGUCAUCUGCAUCGAGUGUUGCCCUGGAAUCAGAGCCUGAGCAACCUCAAGCCUCCCAGCCUCAAGAAUCCCUGCCUCCAGCCGCGCAGACCCAUGAGAGUGACGUAGACACCGACGCUGCGAGUGUCACCAGCAAGACCAGUGUAGCCAGAAAGGGCAAGAAGACCAAGAUCCACAGUUCCCUGACAGAGGAAGAGGAGCAGAGCAUGGUGGAUUGGCUGGCAGAAAACACUGUCUUCUACAACAAGAGGAUGAAGGCCUACAAAGACAUGACGAAGAAAGAAAGCCUCUGGAGAGAGAAGGCAGCCGAGCUGGGGAAGGAUGUAGCCGAGCUCAAGCUCUGGUACAGCAGCCUCCGGACCCGCUUUGGACGUCUGAAGAAGAAGAAAUCUGGCCAGGAAGAUGUGGAGAUGACAGAGAGGGACGAGUGGGUCUACAACCAUUUCCAGUUCCUGGUGCCUUACGUCCACGAGGUUCAGCCCAAGACAACUGUAAGUAUGAAACAGAAGAUUGCUGUCACCACUACCUCUAUCAGAGCUGCACAAGAAGACGAGGACAUCGGUGACGAUGACAUCAACGACACAGUCAUUGAGCCGUCUCAACAGACACCAGGAAGCAGCAAAGCAUCUGAAGAGCAACAGCUGACUCCAAGCAUCAAGUCGGCCCAGUCCAAACGAUUCAUAGAGAUGGAAGAGGCCCUCCUCGCUGGGAUGCAGCAAAGGACCAGCACGAUGAUGGCCAUGCAUGCGGAGUACAUGGAGCGGCAACGUGGCAAGGACCGUGAACGCGAAACAUUCGUGGACUGGAUGCGUUCGGUGAUCCACGAACUAGAUCACGGUCUAUGGAGGAUGUGCCAGCGAGAGCUGACCUCCGUCCUAUACCGAUACCUGGACGAGAAUGAUGAGCUGAAAACUAAGCCAACCACGAGUGUGAGUAGUGAGAUCGGGGCCAUCGUAUGACGGGGGUAUUACAACCUCCAAUUCGCUAAUGCGUCUUACCGCGAUAUGGCACUCCAACUCCCGAAGUCUGAAACGUCGAGCAUGAGAAUAAGCAUAUUCGAAUAUAAGCAUCUUCGUUCAUACUUUGACGAAAAGCCUGGAUUUACGCACACCAGUUAUGCACACACGUCUGUUGCUUAGGAUGUUGGAAAUCAAAAUUUAAAAUCAUGCUCGAGCGAACGGCUAUUUUCUGUAUGAAUGCCUGCUUGACUGGGUGAUGGUUGCCAAUAGUGAUAUCAGCGUUGUUCAGUGACACCGCGCACCGGCGAUCGAGGUACAAACAAAAUUUCAUUUGUUUACGCAAUAAAUUUCUAAACACGG